ACACGAUCGGCUAACAACGCACAAGGAUGCUUCGUCUCGUGGUCCUGUUGACCGCCGUCUGCGCCGUCUUCGGGGACAGCUUCGCCAAGAAGUAUGGCUUCUCGAAGGUGAUGACGAAUUGCUUCGGCGAAGACAAUUAUUAUGGAUGGUCGAAGAUGGUGUUCAAGGCCGUGAAGGAAUGCUACGGGGAGGAGACGGUCCUUCCCAUGCACGGGGCCUCUGACAUGGAGGAGGAGAGCGGAGACAAUUAUGGCAACCAGCCCGUGUUCGUUAUCCUGAACGCUGAAGGUCAGGAGCAGAAGUUCCCCUUGCGGUUCGCCUUCGCUCAACGACAGAAACGUGAAGCCUUGUACGACGCUCCUGUUCUGAAGAAAAUGGUGUCGAAGGUGAAGGCAAAGAUUGGUAACUUCACGUGCGUCAUGAAGAAAAUGAACUAUGUGGAUGAGGACUUUAACAUUGAUUAUGACUACAUGAAGCAAGAAAUUCAAGACCUUGACCUCGACGACGAACUGAAGGCUGACUUGAUGGAGGGAAUUGAUAUCUGCAAUGACUUCACGCAAUGCCUCCCCGCUGGCAAGUCUCCAAUGCCGCAGAAAUUGCAGAAAAUGCUCGCCUUCUUGAAGUGCAACAAGAAGAAGCGUUUCACUGUCUGCAUGAAGCAUGACUUCAAGAAGCACCUCGACUUUUUCGACACGUCCGCCAUCCAGAAGGAGGACGAAGACGACAGCGAGGCGGCUGAGAAGCUCAUCCACGUCAUGUGGGGCCUCGAGAACAACGACGACUUCCAGCUCUACUGAGGGGCGUCUCGUGCUCGGGAGGAGGGGCGAAAUGGGCGUCUGCUGGGCGUCUGGGAAAUAUUGUCACUUCGAUGCAAUGGUUGAAUAAAACCCCAUGGGAA